UUUGCGGAAGCAUAUUUGCCGGGGAAGCAGUUUGCGUUAGGUCAGCAGCAAUAUUAGUCUCCAUGCUAAUUUCCUGACGUUGUUCGAAAGUCAAACCCAGAAAUCCUCCCCCGCCUUUGUUUGGUAUUUACAUGUCGUCUUUGAACAAGCGCUAAGUGAGAAAGCUAAGAUCAUAUUCUUGGCACCUCCUCUCGAUGCUGUUCUUGCUUGGCUAGGCUAUGUAAAGUUCCAGAAAGGCCGACAUGGAAUUCGCGUGAAAAUGCAUGGACCGCUCUGCUCGCAGAUCAGGAAUUUUCCACCGGGAACUAUCGGAUUAUCCACCGCCAGUCGAUCUUGAAGAAAACACGAAUUUUUUUUUUGCUAAAAUGGUCUACAAAGAAUUAAUAUCUGUAACCGGGUUGUUCGGUACAGCAGCCACGUACCUUAUGUUGCAGGAAAAGAAAACCGAGUUGGACACGCUUAGCUCCAAAUUUCGUCAAGACAUCAAAAACCUCGAGAAAGAGUUGAAGGAAAUUACCGAAAAAUCCCAAGAGCAGAAAAAGGCUGACUUGGAAUCUCACGGAAAAGCUUUGGCCGAGAAAGACGCCAUUGCACUGAACAUUGAUGCCGAGAAGGCCAAGUUGUCUCUUGAGAAUGACACGUUGACAGGGAAAGUCCAGAAGUUAUCGAGUGAGGUGACCGACUUGUCCAAAGAACGUAGUGAAUUAAGUGCCAAGCUAGCCGAGGGCAUUAAAAAAGCCGAGGCUUUGAAGAAGGAGGUUGCCCUGGCAGAGGCGAAGGCUGAGGAAUGUAAGCAGAAUUACGAGUUCAGAUACAACACUGAAUUGUCCAAGGUUGUCGCCGAGAAAGACAUUAAGAUUUCGCAGCUGGAGAAGUCUGCCAAGGAGCUUCAGGAGUUUAUUGAAAAACUGAAGCGCGAAUUCGACAGUGCUCUUCAGAAAACAGAAGAGGAAUUGAAGUCUUUCAAGGCUAUUGCCGAGGAGAAAAUCAAGGACUACGAGCUCUUGGUCGAGAAGUCAAUUGAAAAGGACAACAAGAUUCAAAGUUUGGAAGAUUUAGUCGAGACCGGCAAAAGCGACAUCAAUGCUCUCGAGGCUAAGUGCGACGAGAGAGACGGGAAGAUCGAGACGCUCGAGAACGAAGUUAACGACAAGGUGAAAGAAAUUGUUUGAUAUCUUAGGGAUGUACUGUUUUAUCUUAGGGAUGUACUGUUUUAUCUUAGGGAUGUACUG